AUGGGUCUGGCUCCCGUUUUCCCACCUCCACAGUGGGCUCCGCAGUUGCCGCCUUUGCCGCCGCCUACUAGCUCUUUUUGGACAUCAGGAAAUGUGCGUGACAGCCUAAAAGAACUUAACAAUACCAUCAGCCUGGCUAAAGCACUGCAAAAAGAGAUGGAAAUGUUGAUUAUGAUGAAAGAAAGAAAAGGAUUUACCGAAGGUGAAGAGAAUGGGUGCAGCGACAUGUCAAUGGAUAGGUUUUCUACGUUUAUAAAGGAUAAUAGGAUUGAUUUGAAAUUUCAAGAAUCUUUGUCACUGGAUGCUGCAAAUGCUAUAAUGUCAAAAUUAAGAUUCCAAGUAGAACCUUUCCGGGUGGUCACAGAUGAUAAAAGUCCAUGGGAGGAAAAAUCUGUUGUAAAAAGGUUAGCUGACAAAAUGCAGAAGUACAAGCGGAACAAACUUUGGCGGAAAAGGAAAAGAAGGCGUGUUGCAGAGAAGGUAGCAAAGGAGCUUGAGCAAUUUGAAGAAAUGGAUAAAGAAGCUGAUGAGUGGAGGGCUAGAGAGAUUGCCAAAGACAUAGCGAAAGGCAAGGUAGAGAAGAUGAAGGAAAUAGCAAAGGUUAAGGCGAAAGAGGAGAAGAAAAGACUAGCAUCAGAGCUUGAGCUGGUGUUGAUAGUGGAAAAGCUGCAGGAAUUACGCUCCAUCAGGAUUCAGAAACUGAAGAAACAAGGUCAUUUUCUUCCAGAAGAGGACGACAAGUUUCUUGAACAAGUUAAAGCUGCAGUUGAGGAUGAAGAUCGCCAAGCAAUGGCUGCAGCUGAUACUGAUGCUGCUAAAGAUGCCAUUGCUACGGCUGAGAUAUCUAGAAAAACCAUUAAGAGUCAUGCAACUGACUCAAAAGAACUUGAUAGCAAUAUCGCUCCAGAUAAUGGAAAAGAAGACCAGAAAGCUGAGAGUAAAAAUAAUACAGGUUCCGUGGUGGUUGCUAAUAAAGAAGCUGGGAAACAUGGAUCGGAAGGACCAGGUUCCAGCAUUGCUAAUUUGCCAAUGGAAUUUUACCAUUAUUAUCACGGCAGCAAUACUGAUAUGGGAACGCUUAUUGAGGUUAGACGAGCAUGGGAUGCAUAUAUACGACCUGGAGGAAGCCGUAUACCAGGGCACUGGGUCCAAACACCACCUCCAUCAGAUGAAAUAUGGGCAUCCUACCUGGUGAAACCUCGAUGA